AUGGGGUUUAUCAAACAGAGUGUUACAUUUUGUUGUUUAAUUGUGCUUUUAACGUACAUUAAAUCAUUAUUUGAACCGAAGCUACCUUUAGUGUUUGAUGGAUAUUAUCACCCGGCGUUCAAAAAUGUUGCAGACAAGUUUAGAGAAAAUGUCGAAAGCGGUAAAGAACGCGGAGGGGCAUUUGCGGUGUAUCAUAAAGGACGCUUGGUGGUCGAUAUAUGGGGCGGAUAUGCGGAUUUAGAAGCACAGCGUCCCUGGCAGAAGGACACAAUGACCCUUGGUUUCUCAAAUACUAAAGGAAUCGCUGCAGUUAUGAUUGCCAAAAUGGUCGAAAAUGGUUUACUGAAUUACAAAGACCCCGUUGCUAAAUACUGGCCGGAAUUCGCCCAGAAUAGCAAAGGAAACAUCACUCUCGAAUUAUUGAUGAGUCACCAAGCAGGUCUAAUUUAUCUUGAUGAGCCAAUAGGAAUCUUCGAUAUCAGUGCAAAUCCCGAAAAGGUUGAAAAAAGUUUAAGUGCUCAGAAAACUGUAUGGCCAGCCGGUUCAGCUCACGGGUAUCAUUCUUUGACAUACGGCCCUUACGUGGACACUCUUAUCCGAAAAGUGGACCCGAAAAAGAGAAGUACGGACAAAUAUUUUAUUGAAGACUUUGCAAAGCCGUUUGACAUUGAUAUGUAUAUGGCAACACCUAGAGAAGAGUAUUAUCGUGUCGCUAGACUGUAUGAAAAUCCGAUAUGGAAAGCUCUAUUAAUAGCCUUGACCGAUUCCAGGUAUGGGUCUAUUUUCGUUAAAUUUGCCACGGAUCCAAAGUCGUUAGUUGCCACUGCUGCGACAGCGGUAACUGAAUUUGCUCAAGGUUCUUCUCAAUUUCUUAAUAACCCGUAUGUAAGAGAGCAUGUCUUAUCAUGUUGCUUUGGCACGGGCACCGCACGGGGAUUUGCUAAGGUUUAUGGUAUACUUAGUAAUGGUGGUGUAGACGUAAACAACAAACGCCUUCUUUCCGAGAAGACCAUUGAAAUAUUAGCAACACCUCUCGUUUCCAGUGAAGACGUUACGUUAGGAGUGGAAACGACAGUCGGACGCGGCACAGUCUUUAAGGAUAAUCCUAGGGGUGAACCAAUGUUCGGGCAUUGCGGCAACGGCGGACAAGUUGCCAUGGGUGAUCUGAAGAACAAUAUCGGUAUUUCUUACCUCACUAAUCAUAUGUCAACAUACGGCUUUGGAGACGAUCCGAGGUACGUUGAUCUAGAAAAUGAACUGUAUAAAAGUCUUGAUAAUUACAUAGCACGUGGAGGGUAA